AUGGCUACCGACCGGCUGGACCUGUUGAACGCCGAGGGAGAGGGCACGAUAUACUACCCAUCUGGCCGCAUCGCGCUGACCGUAUGCAAGAGCCCCGACGGAUUCUUCCACACUUUCACGGCCGACUCUCAGCGGUUUCAGGUCCUGGCCAACUUUGACAGCGAUGGCAUUGGCGGCGCCAACCAUCCAGAUGGCAGGCCCUGGCUGGUUGUCACGCGCGACGGUUGGUCCCUGUCGUCCCCGGAGGGCCGCAAGCUGCAAGGGGGCAAGUGGCCCCGCCCAGCGGGCGCCAGGGAGGCCAUCAGCCUGCAGCUGGCCCCCCACCUGUCGGUGGACUUUGUUGACCGGCAGAACAUCAGGGCGCACCUCAAGCUGCAAGGAAUAGAGCGGACAUUCCAGUGCGGGGAGUUCUCGCGGCGGCAGGGGCAGGGCAGCUACCUCGACAAGGUGGUGCGGACGCUGCCGGGCGGCAAGCUGGAGCUGGACAUGGGCCCCAUAAGGCGCCGGAUAGAGGAGGUUGGGAGCGUCUACGUCUCCAGGGGCCCGCACCACCUCGUGACGGCGCAGCCGGGGCUGGGAAACCUGAAAUCCAUGCUGGCCAGCGUGCGCGCCGGGUCACCCAUCACUGCAAUGGUUGCACAGCUAGAUGCCACACAGGGACGCAUUAGACGGAUCAACACGAAGCCCAUCAGCGCUUAUGGAGGAGCGCACGCGGCCAAGCAUCGCGCAGAGCCCUUGGCGGACUUUGGGUCGCCUCCGCUGUCCAAGGGGCAGCUGCGCCUGGCGGAUGGUAUGAAGCGCGCCCAGUCUGCCAGGCCCUCUUUUGACCUGAGGCGCCGCAAGCUGCCCCUAAUCAGUGUGACAGACCUGGACGAGCACGUGGCGGGGCCAGGGGCGCCCAAGGAUACCUUGUUCUGCGCGUGCGUGCUGGCAGACUGGAACCCCGUGUGCGCGCGACUGGAUAACCAGCAUUUGCAGGCAGCGUGGUAUGAGCUCUCAGAGGCGGCCGCGGCCGAUGCAAACUGCCCAGCGGCGCGGGUACGGCUGGUGAGAGUCGACGGCAGCGAGAGCCGCGUGCUGCAGGCGCGCCACGGGUUCAGGACGGCGCCCAUGUUCCUGUUUUAUUACCAAGGCUCUCUUGUUGACGCGGGCAACGACGUGCGCAGCAAGGAGGAGAUGAUUGAGCGCGCACUGGCGGCGCUGGCGUUGGGGCGGCGCGGGGAGGUGCUGCCACAGGGCUUCUCCUUCCAGGGCAGCGAUAACAGGGUUCUGGACAAGAUAAAUCGUGAUAUGUCGCUGCUGACCGGCAGCUGCUGA